AUGGCUUCCUCACUCCUUCACUGCAUCCCUAAUCCAAUCCCAAACUCCCCCACUCUACUAUCUCACUCCCCUCCUCACCUCAAAUCAUCAAAUUUAUCCUUCCCCGUCUCAUCCCGGUCGCGAGCUGCAUCGCCACCAUCGCAGCUCGCGGCCGGGUGGAGGGAAAUCCAGGGGCUCAACAACUGGGAGAAUCUCGUCGAGCCCCUGCACCCCCUCCUCCGCGACGAGAUCGUCCGCUACGGCGAGUUCGUCGCGGCCUGCUAUGAGGCCUUCGACCUUGACCCCGGCUCGCGCCGCUACCUCAACUGCAAGUACAGGAAGUCGAGCAUGCUCGAGAGCGUCGGCCUGGCCGAGUCCGGGUACGAGGUGACGAAGUAUAUCUACGCGACCGCCCCUGACAUCAGCCUCCCCACUAUCCAGCCUGGCCCCUGCAGUAAUACAGAGGCCAGAUGGAUAGGGUACGUGGCCACCUCAUCAGACAGUGAGGUGGCCACUCUGGGGAGGAGGGACAUAGUCAUCACAUUCCGGGGUACCGUCACGAACCCCGAGUGGAUGGCUAAUUUAAUGAGCUCCCUCACCCCGGCCCGCCUCGACCCUCACGAUCCGCGGCCCGAGGUCAAGGUCGAGGAAGGGUUUUUGAGCCUGUACACGUCUGACGAGCGGUCAGAUAAAUUCGGCCUUGGGAGCUGUCGCUGUCAGCUCCUUUCGGAGAUUUCUAGGUUAAUCAAUAAACACCGGGACGAGGAAGUCAGCAUCACGAUCGCCGGGCACAGCAUGGGGAGCUCGCUAGGGCUUCUGCUGGCGUACGACAUCGCUGAGCUCGGGCUCAACGGGGCCGGGAAGAUCCCGGUGACGGUGUUUUCCUUCGGGGGUCCGAGGGUGGGGAACACGGGCUUCAAGGAGAGGUGCGAGGAGCUCGGGGUGAGGGUUUUGAGGGUUGUGAACGUGAACGAUCCGAUAACAAAGAUGCCCGGGGUCGUUUUCAACGAGAAUUUCAAGAGAUUUCGAGGCGGAUUCGAGUUUCCGUGGAGUUGCUCGUGUUACGCUCAUGUAGGGGUUGAGUUGUUGGUGGAUUUCUUCAAGAUGCAUAACCCUUCGUGCGUGCACGAUUUGGGGAGCUACAUAGGGUUGCUCCGGGGCCAGAUGAAGAGCCCGGAGAGCCCGAAUUUGGUGGAUCGGGCCAAGGGUUUCUUCGCCGGGGGCGGCGAGUGGAGGGAAGCCGCCGUUAAUAUGUUCAAUUUGGUGCGGUCGCAAUGGACGUGAUAUAUAUAUAUAUAUAUAUAUAUAUA